AUGUUCUCGUUCUCCAGGGUCGCUUCUUUCGCUGUCCUCGCUUUAGGCACCCUCGCCUCAGCGUCUGCAAUCCCAGCAGUCCGUGAGACUGUGCGCGACCUCAUCGACAUCCCCGUCAAUGUGGACCCUGUCAUUGCCACUGUAACGACUAUUACAGUGCGUGACGGCGACAGUUUAGCGUCCAUCUUCGCAAACCUGAACUCAGCACUUGGCCCCGCCCUUUCGGGCGUUUCUUCGGUCAAAGACCCAGCGACGGUGCAGUCCGGCGCGGUUAAGGUCACCUCACUCAUCCAGUCUGCUACGACCUCCCUGUCAGCGCUUUCCGGUCAGCCCCAGUCCAAGGUCCUCUCCAACCUUGACGGCACAGGCGUGCUCAGUACCUCUGACGUCGCGAGCCUCGUCGGAGGGAUGAUAAAUAACGUCUUUGGUACCUUCGGCCCUCUCACCACAGGCACAGAUGCGGUCACCAGCGUCGAUGUCCUUACGCCUCUUCUUGGUGUAGUUGGGAUUUUUCUGACUGUCGUGCUUGGGCUCGUCGGUGUGUCGGCAUUGGCGCUCGUCGGCUCCCUCCUGCCGCUCAUUCUCGUGCUCCUCCCCACCGUUCUCGAUCUCGUGCUCCCCCUUGUUUUGGGCUUGCUCUGA